AUGCAAAUAAUCCAACCAACAGAGCAUAAAGUUAAGGCCCCAAAGAAUAAAAGAGGAAGUGGCCAGAAGCACACAGCAGAAAUGGCAAAAAAAGAAAGAGAUGCACAAGAUAAACUAAUAGCCAAGAAAAAGACAGCAUUAGAAAGUGCACUAAAAUGCCCACCUGCCAUACACCAAUUCAAACAGAAAAUAUCUGAUGACUUAAAAGACAAAAUAGAAGAAGUCUUUAAGAGAUAUAGACCAGAGAACCCAGAAGAGAAGGCUGAGAGAGUAGAACAAGGAAAAGACAAAAAAGUAUCAAUUAUAUUUGGAAUAAGACAGAUAGUCAAGUCAAUUGAACAGAAGAAGGCAAAAUUAGUACUAAUUGCUAAUGAUGUAGACCCAUUAGUCGUAGUCCUAUUCCUGCCAUCACUCUGCAAGAAGAUGGGUGUAAGUUACGCCAUAUACGACAGCAAGAAUAAACUAGGCUCACUCGUAGGCAGGAAGUCAGCAGCCUGCAUAGCACUGAAUGAAAUGGUGCCUGGCCUGCAGGAAUUAGUCACAGAGGUUGAUGAAGAAUUCUCAGAGAAGUACGCAGAGAACAUGAAGAAGUGGGGGAGACCUGCAGCAAAAUAA